GAUUGGUCAAGUGUCACCACAAUGGCCCCUCGUUUUGGUUAAUUUUAUCACAUCAGUCUGCACAUUCGUCCUCCACUUUUGAUAUUCUCCUCGCACAACUGCUCUCUCGACGGCUGAAAGUCGAACCUCCCUCUCACUCGACCCUAGGGACGAUACUUCUUCUCACUAGAAAAUAUUUUCUGAUGCGAUACGGGGCCCUAACUUGAUUCUCAAGAAUAUCUCCCGCACUCACUAGGAGAUUUGCCUGCUUCAUAAACGAUGGCUAGUGAACACAAGGUCACACAAAGGAAGUUGACCCUAGUCGGGGAUUCCUGUUGCGGCAAGACUUCUUUACUACGGGCUGCGCUAUAUGGUAAUUCUCCGGAAAAGGUUCAAGGCACCUUUGAUCUCAGGCACAAUGUGCCUUUCGAACACUGUCCCGGUAUUUACGAGUGCAAUGUGUCAAAUGAAAAAGGGCAUAGUAUUAUCAUACGGCUCGCCUUGUGGGACACAGCAGGGGUAUAUGACUUUGGCCGGUUAGAGCCACUUAAAUAUCCCGGCGCACACGUUGUCCUCAUCAGCUUCGCCAUUGACUCUCCAGAUUCUAUGGAUAAUGUAGAGCAAAAGGUCAUUUUGCCCUAUGCUCUUGGAUUUGUUCUCGCAAUAGGAAGCGCCGCCCAUUUCUGCCCUGGCAUCCCGAUCAUCCUAGUCGGUUUGAAGAAAGACUUACGCGAUGACACAGUCACUAUUGAAGAACUUCGCAAAAAUGGGCUGAAGCCUACACCUAAAUCGUUUGGCGACGCUUUGGCGCAUAAGAUUGGCGCCUAUAGAUACCUUGAAUGUUCUAGUCUGACUGGGGAGGGUGUCAAAGAUGUCUUCGAGACCGGAUCGGCGGCCUCACUUCUCGAACCUAAAGAUAAAGCAGAGAGGUGCUGUGCUAUCUUGUAG